UCCUGCGGAACAUCUUCAUCCUGUGCUGUGUGCUCGUCGUCUGCUCCUUCCUCUUCCCUGUCCUGUGGCACCUCUGGAUUUAUGCAGGCAGUGCCAACUCCAAUUUUUACUAUGCCAUCACCCUGACCUUCAACAUCGGGCAGAUCCUGCUCGUCUCUGAUUAUUUCUAUGCCUUCCUCCGCCGGGAGUUCUACCUCACCCACGGGCUGCACCUGACAAGGCAGGAUGGGACAGAGGCCAUGCUCGUUCUGAAAUAA